AUGUCUUCUGUUAACAUGCCGUCGAGAAGGACUGAGCCUAAGCUCACAGUGAUCGAGCUGUCGGUCGAGGAACUGGCAUGCAAGAAGAUGGGAUCUCACAACCUGCAAGCUGCGGUUGAGGCCUUACAUCGCGACGGAAUCGUUGCAUUGAAAAACGCCGUUAAUGUGGAACACUUGGACAAGUUAAAUGCUCGAAUGGUGCCGGAAGCCAAGGAACUCUAUGCCAGGCCUACGACGCACCGCAAUUUUGGCAACGAUACAGGAAACAUCCAACAGGAACCGGUCUUGGAAAAUGAGUACAUCUUUGGAGAUGUUAUCGCGAACCCUUGGGCAACCGAUGUUAUUCAGUGCAUGCUUGGACCUAAACCGACCGUACGAUUUUACUCUGCGAACACUGCUUUCAAGGCGAGUGGAAGACAGCCGGCACACAUCGACAUCACUUUUGACUUUCCAAAAAUCCCUUUUGGAUAUUGUGUCAAUAUCAGUCUGGUCGAUAUAUCUGCUGAAAACGGGUCCACGGAGGUUUGGCUAGGCAGCCAUGCAAACACAGAUAACCAGGUUCUUAACCGAUUCGAAGUCAUCCGGGAGGACCUGCUGGCAGAACGUCGCAAGAUCAGCCCUCCAGUUCAACCUGCGCUUCCGAAAGGGUCACUUAUCAUUCGUGAUUUCAGGCUGUGGCAUGCUGGGAUGCCAAACAAAACAGACAAGCCCCGGGUUAUGCUUGUCUCUGUACAGUUUCCAUCCUGGUACCGGAGCAAUCUGAAAAUGAAGCUACCAGCCAAUAUGAAAGAUAGGAUCAAUUGGGGGGACUUAGCACCAUGCGUAGACUGGCAGCCAGAUGGUUACGAUUAUCUCCAGGGUGUACACGACCACGACUUCGCAUUAUUACCGUGA